GAACUUAUUACUGUACAUGCAAAGAUCAUUUAAAUAAAACAUGGAGCAAUUCAGGCCUUGGAAAAUGAUGUUAGCCUAGAAAUGUAUAUAUUGCAAUCUACCUCUAGCUCCAAAGAUCAUAAAACAGAUGAUGAAUUAGAAAAGCUUCUGAUAGCCCGUGAGUCGGAAUUUAAAAAAGCUACUUCAAAUGCACACAAAGAACAUAAUAUUAGAAUAAUUAUUGAAUCGUUUGAAGGUGUUGAAAGGAUUGACAAAAAAUCAUCAGUUUUUAUAUUUUGGGAAUCGAAAAAAUUUGAAUAUCCAAAAUUGUAUAAACUUGUUCUUAUAGCACUGGCAGUUCCAGCAUCCCAAGUUUCUGUAGAAAGGGCCUUUUCGGAGCUAAAAUUUGUGUUAUCGCCUCGACGAACAAAUAUAAAUCCAGUAACAUCAGAUACUAAAUCUAUCUAUGAAAAUAAACUUCUCGAGCAUUACAGAAACAGUACUCAAAUUCCUUCUAUAAACAAGCUGAUAAUUGCCUACUUAUUAACGAAAAAAGUUGAAGUGAUCGGCGGAGAUGGUAAUUUAUUGACUGUAGAAGAAACAGAGGGCAACCUAGAUCUUGUUGAUAAUAUUAUUGCAAAAAGAAUCCAAGAACUAACUUAUUAUUAUAGAAUUAAUUUGGGUUAUUGUAAUGAUUCCGAAUUUAUGAAAAUUUUCUCGUAACUUUAUAAUAAGGGUUAUCUAUAAAGGGGAUUAAUAAAAAUUAUCAAAGGAUUUGAAUUUAUAAAAAAUAAUAGAA